AUGUCUGCUAAGAAAGAUAUGAGACGGGCGGAUCUCGUCAUUCCCUAUGUCGAGCCCAAAGACGAGAAGCCCGCUGAUUUCAGCUCGACUCUAACGAGCACCAUGCCCAUGGCAGCUGAUGCUUGGGUGGUAAGAGGAGUGAAAGGAGGACCGCCGCUUUGGAUUAACGGGACCAGGUUUGCUCUAUUAACUGCUCUUCUGAACUGGUUGGGCGAGACACCAGCCCAGAAGCAGAGUCCCAACGGUACGCCCGGGUACUUGUCAUUUGGCAUGGCUGGUAAGUGGUAG